AUCCCCACCUCAUCAAUCGAACAAGCCUCUUCGCAUGGCAAGCAACGCGAAAAAUAUAUUAUUCAAAUAAUAAUCGAAAAUUUUCAUCAGAUUAUCGGCCAAUAAUCAAUGCAAAGAGUUUGACUGAAAAACUAAGAAAUCGGCGAAUCAGAGAAAUAGCAAUACUUUUGAUUUCAAAACCUCCCACUUUCCUCCACAUAUUCUCUUUCUCCGUCAACCCCUCCCGUAUAACUCUUGUACAACCGUUGUUACUAGUCCAGUGACGCUCGUCCGCUCUUUCUUUACCCGCACUGGUAAUACCAGAACAGAACAGUUAACGAGCGAGACUAUACACCAACCGAGGUUUUCCCUCCUCUAGUUACUCAGUUUAUUUUUAAUCAUCUGUUCGCGAAUAUACAUCAGCUAGCGCCAUGAGACUCAUUUGAUUUUUCAGAUUGCCAUAAUUGUCAUAGCACUCGCCAUGGUGUCAGGUGCACUGGCACAGGACUACAGUCAACUGUUCACUGGCUUUGGGCCCUAUCUACGUGCUGCAUCACCAAUGAGAGAUCCACGAUCCAAUCGAGGGCCCGUGCUGUUCCCGGUGGGACCACCUGGAAAUCCAGCUGAUACCAGUGGUGUCAUAGUUGGCGCUAGUGGAUUUGGAUUUGUGCCACCCAACUCAGGCUUCUUCGCUUAUUACUUUUAGAAGUAAUGACGGAUUUGCGCGUAAUCGAUGGUGAGGAACAUCGAUCGUCGUGCAAUCCACGACGGUUGCGGUAGACAUUAAAAUGGUCAUGGUAAUAUCAAUGACCUUGAGACUGACUUAUUCGUUGGCCUUGAGAGUAAUUUAGUGAAUAUUUUCAUUCAUCUGACACUUUUGAGACGAGAAAAUUCCUGGUUGAUGACUAUUGUGCAAUAAUUUAUGCAAGUUUAGAGAGGAGCGACAUCGAUUUUUAUAUGGUGAACAUAUCGAGGAUUGUCGGGCAUCCCAAGGUGACAUUCUAUAGGUUAAUAUGUGUACACAGUGUGUCGAGAUGUUUAAACACUUGAGGUUCUAUAUAUUUUUUAUGGUUUCUUUUCCUGUUUUCAUAGGCAAUAUUCUCAGUCCGGUAACGAUUUUGUUACCGUCAACAGGUGUUCACGCAUUCGCUUGAAAGAAAGCCAUUGUCGAAGUCAUUUCACUGAUGUCGAAAAAAAAAAAAAUUCCCAUUUUGUUGAAAUAUUCGUUUUUCUAUGACUUCAUCGGUGGAUUUCCUUCGCGAUUCGAUCUAGAUGAAUUAACAUGUAUCAACUAUUUAUUUCUUACCCAGUAAUAGAACCGAAGUACCUUAACUCCAGAUGUUAAUAGGUAGUAUUAAUUUUUCAAACUAAAUGUAUCCAUUCUUUAUUAUUUUUUAAAAAAUAAUCUUGUAAUUAAUGUCACGCUGUAGUAUAUGUUCAAAGAUAUAAGAUAUGUGUGUUGAACGAAUCAAAUUGUUUCAUUUUUACCAAUAAAAAUUAUCUUUAUGUUGAGAGAAA